GAUAAUAUGCGGCUUACGGUGCUUGCAUCUGCCACCCCAACUGGUUAGAACCUACCUACUCUGUCCGAUCUUAUUCUUGUGCUUCAGCUCAGGCUGCCCCGCAUCAACAUGCUCUCUCCCUUCCAGACUCCACCCACAGUUCGGAGAAUCGUUGUUCACCAUGUCGGCUCCAAAUCCCGAUAUUUUCACUCCCAAGCCACCACGCAGAAGAGGGACUGUGCCGGUGCGCCUGCCGUCCUUCAGCCCCAAUGACUUCUCGGCAUCUCGUGGCCCCGACCCCUCUUCUACCUUUCGCCCGCCCCAUGCUGAACCUCAGGCUGCACAGCAACAAUACAUCCCGGUCCCACAAAGCGCCCCUAUCCCUCCCUUCCCCCCUCCCUUUCCACACUAUUUUCUCCCAAACUCCCAGACGCCUGUCUAUCAAUAUGUGGCACCUCAAGGGUACCCAGUAGCGGUUCCUGGCAAGUCAUUGAGCGAACCACGUGCGCGUAUCGGACGAGAGAGAAGGAGCAGGAACCCCGAGCGCCACAGCAUCAGAGAAGAAUCACUAGACGUAGAAAGUCGGGCGAGAUCAAGGUCAUCGUCAUCGUCGGAUUCAGGCCGGGACAGCCCGCCUAGGAGACACCAUUUCCGACAUUCGUCCCGAUUUAGUGCUUCCGAUAGCGACGAGGACUUUGGAUCAUCCACCCUGUAUUCCUUCACACCAUCUCGCAUCUCCCGCGGCGUGUCAGCAAAGGGCCCUGGGGCCGUUUCAGGAGAUGAUGAAGAUGAAGACGUCGCACCCCAGGAAAAGUCCCACGACCCUAUAGGGGCACCUUCCGUGUCCCAUGUCUUCGAGUCUCACUACAUCGGUGACGGAGUUCGGGAAGGGCAUCAUGCCGCGAGGCUGUCAGUUGUGGAUGACAAGAAUAUGAAAUAUCAUCCUCUUUUUCGGUGGUUGUGAGAAAGCCCUUGAUCUUUAUCUAUAUACAAAUCUUGAUUUUACCAGUUGGACCUCGAUUUGGCUGACCCUGAGAAAAGUCACAUAAAGCCUCGUGGAUCACGGCCCAUGUUGGACUUUGAGCAUUUUUCGGCAAGUUCAUCAGCCCUUGAAAGUACCAGAGACUCUACUGACAUUGUUGUAAACAGAGAGAAGUCUUUCGAAUCGAGAACCUCUCGACUGGAGAGAAGAUGGCAGCGGCAAAGAUGUUCUCGAAGCUAGGGAAUGACAACUUUCGGUCGAUGCAGUUCUCGGACGGUCGAGAUGUACACCGAAUGAAGCCAUCUUAUCUUCGUGGAGAGAUCCCAGCAGACAGCCAGUACAAGGGCACACAAGCUCGAACUUUGCACUGGAUCGCACUUCCGUAUUUCAGCGCUGAACCAUACUCAGGCCUCGAAGCCGGUGCCGGAAGUGCCUCCGCCGUCCCAGCCCCCACCCUGCUACAAAGCCAGUUCUCCCACGUCGCCAAAAGUCGAGAUCUAAGACAGGCCGUUUGCGGGAUUGGAAAUAAUCUACAGCAGGAGGUUUGCCUUCACGUCCCACAACUUUGGUGUCUGAUAUUUGACAAUGCGCUCAUCGUCACAUACAUCAACCUGCCAGACAAAUAUUUCCCUGGUGACUAUGUCAUCAAGACAACCGGGUCAUUGGACGUCCUCGCGGGGGUUUUACGAACCAAGAAGAUUCUGGUCUGUUUUGGAACUUGUGUCAUGUGGUCGAUACCGCUACAUGAAUGCCAGACAUGGUUUGCUUUGACAUCUCGUUUCAGCGAGUUCUGGCCUCAGAAGUUCGAGCUCCUUCACAAAAAACGAAAGAUCACGGUAAAAGAUUGGCCGGCAAUUUGGGACCGCGCUCGACAUGUCAAAAAUCAUGUUAAGCUGGAACUCUACUUGGGGUACGUGUUAGGGACCUGGAUCUACCGUUCUAUAUUCAGGUUUCGAGUGACUGACUUGCCGAGUGCACGACUUAUGGCGCCACAGCGCGGAAGACUACUCCCUGACAUUGCGAGCAAAGGGAAAGGGAAUAUGCAGAACUCAACAAGUUCCGCGCAUGAAGACACUUCAACGAAACCCGGUACUGCAGGAGAUGGCGGCUCAACAUCUGCAACUGUCGAGACCACCGACGGAAGAUUCACCAACGCCAACGGGUUUGCUAUCUUUACUUGUAUGACUGGCGUAUUGACCCCAAACUCCGAUGACAGCGUUGAAGAUGCAUUACUCGAGCAGCUUGUGGAAAUCCGUGAUUGGCUGCUCUACAUGCCGAGCUUCGGUGACGCGAAAGCCUACAAGUCGUGUACUAAAGAUACGCGUGCCUCUGUGCGUCGCUACCUGGAGAAACGGGCGGCGGAGCUGAGUUCUGUCGAGUCGCAAGGUCGAAAAGACCAGCGUGCCCAGCGUGACUUUGAGGACAGGAUUGACAUCUUCAAUGCUGCCGAAACAAUCUUUGCCUUCUUCCUCCCCCUAGACUUUGAUGGGCCGACCGUGAGGAGAUAUUGGGGGGCUGUCAGGACCAUCAUCGGAGAGAAACGCGAGGGUCAACAUCGGUACCAAGCUUCCAUGUAUACCAUCCGACAUCAGCUGAGAAUGCAAGCCUUGGACUUGAGUCAGCUCAGCGAGAUUCUCUCUGCCGCCCAUGGCGCCGAUCGUGCUCAGAUCACCGUGCCGGCCCAGAUUAUCGACGCCUGGAUCCAUCUACUUCUGGGCCUGGCCAGCUUCCCAAGAGACAGUGACCGUUCCGAGCGGCUGAUUGGCGAUGCGAGACGAGCUGCAACAGAGGGCGCCAACAUAAUCAUCACCUCACUCUCCCCCAAGUCUCUCGUUGAGAAUUCCGUCAUCCUGCCCCUGGAGAUAUUCUCCUUGAUUAGCUUGAAGGUCAUACAAAGCGCCCCCAAUGUACCUGAUUCACCCUCGAACAAGGAAAAAGCGAACACAUACAGCGACGUUGCUCAGAUCUACCGCAACCGUCUCGACAAAAUUGAGACGGACAUAUCGAAGAGACCAAGUGACAGGGUCAAUGAAGAGAACCUCAAACUCGUCGGUGAGGAAAUCCAAGCCAUAUUGCAGACACUCCUCCAGCAAUACGUCAUAUUUUCUCUGCUCUUGGAGAAUGCGAGUCUUGCGAUCGACAAUACUACCACUUUUAAAGAAAAACCGAUUGUCCAGGCUGCCGGUCACUCCAAGUCUAUGCCGGUGUUCAUCCAGUCGUGGAGCCGCGACCGUGAGCCUGGUUAUCGAGGUCAUCAACACCGAGAGACAGAGGUUCGGGCUUGGGAGUAUGGUCGGGAGCAUUCAAAGUUCGACAUGUACGACAACCCUUUCGCAUUUGACCUGGCCAGCGAGGAUAGCCUGUUCAAAGUCAAACCAACCGACCCCGGCGGAUAUCGAAAGCUUCUUCUUCUCGAAUGCCACUCCAAGACUGACCUUUUGAAGCAAGAGUUCCAUCAGCUGGGAGCUAGCGCAGACACGACAAAAUUCCGACAAGACAAAGCCAUCUACGCCUUCACUAUUGUCACCGUCAUCUUUCUCCCCCUAAGCGCCAUAUCCAGCAUCUUUGGCAUGAACACGGCCGAUAUCAGGGACAUGGAGGAUAGCCAGUGGAUCUAUUGGGCCACGGCCAUCCCGGUGACGCUCGCUGUGAUAUUGUUCGGUCUUUACUGGAUGGGUGAGCUGGGAAAUACCUUUAAGUGGGUGUUUUGGAGUUUGGGAUCUUGGAUAUUCCGUAAAGUGGCGGGAGACCGCGAAAAGGGACGGGAGAUAGUGGACAGGUGGUUUGGACAGACGGACCCGGUUCCGCUGGGUCUGCCGAGUCAUAUGCAGCUGGCGUAUCCUAUCGGUCCGGAACGCAGGCCGACGUAUAAUCCAGAGAGACCCGCGAGAUCGGUUUCUAGUGACGAAUCUGUUGAUAUACGUUAUCGCAGCAGGUUUGUGUAG